UCAGAAACUCCCGGGGAACAGAAAUCGAAAUACUCGAGGUGUCUCUCCAUAAGAAAAUUUUUUACCAGAAUACCUCUUUUUGGAGAAUUGCAGAAAUAUGGCUGACGCAGACGUUCUUGCAGCGAGGAGAGGAAAAUCAGAAGCCAAGCAAACAGUUCUGUGUAAAGUGUGCGGAGACAGAGCUUCUGGAAAGCAUUAUGGAGUAUUAACAUGCGAUGGAUGUCGCGGAUUCUUCAAGCGAAGCAUUCGCCGGGAUCUUGCGUAUCAGUGCAAAGAGAAUAAUUCCUGCCCUAUAGAUGUGGCCAGACGAAACCAAUGCCAAGCCUGUCGGCUAAAAAAGUGCUUUGAAGUUCGCAUGAACAGGGACGCCGUGCAACACGAACGUGCUCCGCGUACAAAUCAGUUCAAACAGGCGUCAAACGAAGAAAUCCGAUGCAAGCCUCUGAAGAGGAAACAUAACAGCUACGAGCAGGAGCAUAUGGAUCUCCCACCAGGCCAAAUCCACGUAACUCCAAAGAAAGAAAAACUUCUGGACUCUCCUGUUACUCCGGAACCUAUAUUCUUCAGGAACAGCCCACCCAGAUAUACUAUGGAACAUAAGAGCGCCUUCCUCAUGGGAUAUUCAAACGCCGAGAGCCCAAAAGACGUCCCAGUGGCUGUUUCCGUGGCGACUGCAAUGACACCUCCGCACACGCCCCAGCAUGGACAACAGGUGCCCUAUCCAAUCAUGUAUCUUAGCUCACCGGAAAUGCUGCACGAGUCCGCUGUGCGGAUUCUAUUUAUGACCGUGAAAUGGGUUCGCAACAUUCCGACAUUCUUUGAUCUUCCAUUCCGCGAUCAGGCGAUCUUAUUGGAGGAGGGCUGGAGCGAGCUUUUCAUUCUAAGUGUCGCGCAAUGGAACUUGCCCGUGGAGAUGGGAACUUUGCUCGCGGCUGCGGGAUUGAGCCCGGAGCGGGAUAACUCGGACAAGUCAGUCUGCGGGAUGAGUGAGAUCAAGGCAAUGAAAAAUAUUGUGGAAAGGUUUAGAGCAGCGAAUAUAGACCAGACGGAAUAUGCCUGCUUGAAAGCCAUCAUUCUCUUUAAGCCUGAUAUUAGAGGACUAAGAGCCCCGAGUCACGUUGAGCAACUUCAAGACCAAGCGCAAAGCAUGCUGGGAGAAUAUGACCGCCAAACGUAUCCAAACCAGCAAGUUCGCUUUGGACGAUUACUCCUCAUGCUACCUGCAUUGCGAGUGCUGUCCGCAAAAUGCAUUGAGCAGAUGUUUUUUCGUGGUACGCUUGACAACAUCCCAAUGGAAAGGCUCUUAUCAGACAUGUUUAAGUCCGCAUAAUUCGUCUUCAAAAGUUGGUUUUGCAAGAUUCUACGCCCGGACGUAUAAAUUCGCCUGAAACGGCGGAAAAAGAAAUUGAAACGCAAAAAAAUAAGCGCUCGCGAAGUGAGCGACGUAAGAGCGUGGGUUGAAAUCGGACAGUAACGGUGCAACACGAAGAUUGCAAUGGAUAAUAUUCGUAGACUUGUCCGCGGAGAAUUGAAGAUGCUCCUUCAAACUGAUGUAUGGAAGGAUGGUGAAUUGUAAUAUUGCAGGCUAAGUCUGGUUUCGAUAACUUCCGAUUGGAAACCUUGAUGGAAAGGAGAAUAAAAUACAAGCAUAAUGUUGUCCGUUACUGAAUCAGACACAAUAAACAGUGACUACAGCAAGAGGAAAUCAUUUCACGUUCUCUUGCUUUCAAUUUG